AUGCAUGACGGGCAACAGCAACAGCAACAGCACCAGCAGCAGCAGCAGCAGCACCAGCAGCAGCAGCAACAGCAGCAGCAGCAGCAGCAGUAUCAGCAGCAGUAUCAGCACCACCAGAACCAGCAGCAGCAGCAGCAGCAGCAGCAGCAGCAGCAGCAUCCCGGGCCAUAUGAGCCUCCUCUUGCCCCUGUCUCGGUGCCUGUGCUGCAGCAUCCCCACACUGCCUACCCACACGCUCACUCCCACCUCAUGCCCCUCAUGCCCCACGCCCCGCCCUCCGCACCUCACACUCAUGGCCACGGCCCUCCCCCUUGGGCUUUCCACUUCGCCCCAGGAAUGCCGUAUCUCCCACCUCGUGCUGCUGCUCCCUCUGCGUCUCUGCCCUACCCUCCUCCACCACCGCUGCCCUUCCCUUCUGGCCAUGCUGCGGAUUCUCCUCUUGUUCCUCCUCCGCCUCCUCCUCCCCCCCUCCCCCCUCCUUCGUCUGCUCCCACUCAUCUCUCCCUAGCUGUAAUAUCGGCUGGAGGGGCUGCGAGUGUUACACGCGCAGAGAGUGGUGGUGUGGCAACGGGAGAAGGAGACGAGAGAACGGGCGAGGAAGAGGCAAUAAGAGAAGGGGAAGAGCCAAAAGGAGGAGGAGGAGGAGGAGGAGGAGGAGGAGGAGGAGGAGGAGGAGGAGGAGGGGAGGCAGAGGGGGGAGGUGCAAAUGAUCCCCAGCAGGAGGUCAGCUUGAACAAGGAGAAGAAGCAGGGCUGGGGACCGGGGGAGGCACAGGCUCAGGUGGAAUCCCAGGAGGGUGCUCAGGUGGGCGGUCAGGUGGGUGAGGGGGUGGCAAGGGGGCGGCUGGACGGCACGCGCACAACAGUGAUGGUGAGGAACAUCCCGAACCGGUACAACCAGGCCAUGCUGCUGGCCCUGCUGGACGCCCACUGCCUCCACUGCAACUCGCAGCCCCCCUGGCGGCCCUGGGCUGCUGGGCGCGCGGUGGGAGGAGGUGGGGCACGAGGCAGGAGGGGUGCCCCUGGUGAUGGUAGCGGUGAUGGGGGUGAUGGUGUUGAUUCUGCUACUGGUGGAGAUGGGAGCGAUGGCAGUGAUGCGGGCAGCGACAGCGGCAGCAGUGGUGGCGGUGGUGGGAGUGGGGCGGAGGAGGAGCACUGGGAGCCGCUGUCUGCUUAUGACUUCGUCUACCUUCCCAUCGACUUCAAGAACCGGUGCAACCUAGGGUAUGCAUUUGUGAAUCUGACAACGGUGACGGCGGCGCUGCGGCUGUUCCGCGCCUUCCACCUGCAGCCCUGGGAGGCCUUCAACUCGAGGAAGGUCUGCCGCAUCUCAUACGCCCGCGUUCAGGGUCGCGCGGCGCUGGAGGAACAUUUCCGCAACUCGCGCUUUGCGUGUGACACGGAGGAGUUUCUCCCACUCGUGUUCUCCCCACCCCGCAACGGCAUCUCCUGCCCCCCUCCCGUGCUUGCUGCUGGCAACAUGGCAGGCCAGCAGGUAACCCUCAGUGGCGGUAACCUCCACCUCUCGCUUACAUCUGACCCUAGGUCUCCCCGGCGCGACGUAUUGAACCCCGGGCUUUUGCCAGGCAUGGUGUUGAUGCGUUCGUCGGCACCAAGCUCGGUUUCACACAGGGUUAGUUGGUUGAUGAGUCAUGCUGUUCUGAUAGCAGACACUCUGCCACAACUUCUGUGUUCUUUCACUUGUGAAGCAUCAUGUGUGUUUGCUUCUAGAGCAGAUGAGACGAUAUCGCUGAAGGCUCUAACCAUGGCGUGUCAUCUUCAGAGACCUUUUCUCCUUGGAGCUCAUGAAUCGUCCCGUUUCUCCACCCGUUCUCCUGUCAACCGCUCUUUCAAACCAGCGGCGCGUCAAUCCUCGUCUCGCCAGCCGUUCGUAUCCAUUCGCAGCCAAGGCGAUGCGCAUUGCAACUCAGCAGCCAAUGAUUAUCUGCCAGCAGAGCGCGCAAUUCCUCUCAUCCGUUCCACGUCAGCAACUCCGGCCGCGUCGGGCCCUCAACGAGAGCAGCAGGGACUAUACGGGGACGCGAAACGUGGUGCAGGUGCAACCCAGGGAGGUGUUAACUGGGCGCGGUUGCGCAAUCACAUCGGCGUGACCUCCGUGAGCGCCGCGUCCCUCUCUUCCGCGCAUAGGCGGAAGGAGGUGCGCGGAUUCGUGGAGGAAGACGCGUCGCACCGCGGGACCGGCGGAGACCAGAGCGACGCGGAGUCGAAGCGCGCGGAGCUCGAGGCAGGAUGGCAGAGUGGCUCCGAGGGAUCAAUGCCGCCAAUGACGGCGCCAAGUGCGGCGCCAAGUGCGGCGCCUGGCGCGGCGACAAGCGGUGGUCACGACGACGAGUUCGCGUGCACGAUUGCCGGAUGCACCCACGUCCACAGCAACGUUGGCUCCAUGCGGAGGCUAGGAAACCUCUCAGAAACCUCCUUCCGAGCAGCUCCGCCAGCCGAAUCCCGGCCGGUGCAGAGCGGUACCAAGGGGUUCAACUUGGGUCAAUUUCUGUCACAGCUGCUGCCGUACGUGGUGGUUGCGACGGCGGUGUCUUCGCUGACGUGGCCGGCAACGUUCUCGUGGUUCAGCAAGCAGUACUACGCGCCCGCACUGGGCGGCAUCAUGCUCUCCAUCGGCGUGCAGCUGUCUGUCGAGGACUUCAAGGCCGCCAUUGAAAAGCCUGUGCCCGUCCUCCUGGGUCUCCUAGUGCAGUACGCCGUUAAGCCGCUAAUCGCGGCCGCCAUAGCCGCCACCUUCCGCCUCCCCCCCGCGUUCGCCGCGGGCUUCCUCCUCACCGCCAGCGUGUCCGGCGCGCAGCUCUCCAGCUACGCGUCCUACCUGGCAAAGGCUGACGUGGCGCUCUGCAUCGUGCUGACGAGCCUCAGCACCUUCGCCUCCGUGGCACUCACGCCCAUACUCACCUCGCUCCUGAUUGGCUCAGCCGUCCCGGUAGACCUCCUAGCCAUGUCCAAAUCUAUCCUGCAAGUCGUCAUCCUCCCAGUCUCCCUCGGGCUCAUCCUAAACACCUACGCGCGGAAAUUCGUCGACCAGAUUCGACCAAUCAUGCCGCUGCUAGCCAUAGUCUGCACGUCGCUAUGCAUAGGCAGCCCUCUAGCCAUCAACCGUUCUCAAAUCGUCUGCCUGAGCGGCCUCCUGCUGCUCCCGCCCGUCCUUGCCUUCCACCUCGCGUCCUUCGCCGCUGGGUUCUGGUCCGCGAAGCUUCCUGGAAUGGGGCAGAGCGAUGACGUGGCAAGGACGUUAUCUCUAUGUGGUGGCAUGCAGAGCAGCACGCUGGCCAUGCUACUGGCAUCUCAGUUCCUCGGGUCCACCCACACCGUCCCUGCAUCUGUCUCUGUCGUGCUCAUGUCUAUCAUUGGGCUCAGCCUCGGAAGCUUCUGGGGGUCGGGAAGGAAGCUUCUGGACUGGAACAUGGCUGGGUCGGUUGUGGGGGCUCAGGCAUAUGCUGCUCCUGCUGAGGCGUAG